AUGGUAACAAUAACAGCAACAACAAUAACAACAACAACAAUAACAAUUCCAACUGCUUAUACUAUCAUUCAUUAUUGUUUCAUUUUAACUGUUAUUGUAUUUGCACAAUUAAUCGAUGCUGGAAGUCCAAAACAACGAAUUCAAAAAGUACCGUCAGCUCCACGUGAUAUUGACGUCGCAUUGGUUAAUGCCUCAGCGGUAAAAGUAAGCUGGGAAAAGCCAUUAUACGCAAACGGUGAUAUCAUCGGAUAUUAUGUUUAUAAGGAUCGAUUAUUGAACGGUGAACCAAUCAAUGAUAAAUUACAACGUGCUAUCAUCUAUGAUCAACACAAAACACAUACAUUAAUCACAGAUCUUGAACCGAAUACUGAAUAUUCAUUCCGGGUAAAUGCUUUUAAUAGACAUGGUGAUGGUGAAUUUAGUGCAAGCAAAAAAAUUCUUACCGGUGGAUUGCCUCCAUCAGAACCACAAACACAUUCCGUUAAUUUGCUCAAUGAUGAAGCUCCAUUACGGGCGCGUGUUGACUGGAAACCACCAAAAUUCACGUAUAAUUUACCAAUCAAUAAAUAUUUGAUUUGGUAUAAACCGUUCGAACACAUCGAUGCACGCAAACUUGAAGUACCUGGAACCCAAAAUUUUGCUAUCCUUGAUGGCUUAUUUAUGGGACGUUUGUAUGAAAUUAAUAUAGCAGCGGAGAAUGAUGACGGUGUGGGCGUUAACGCAACGGAAUGGUUAACAACACCGGUUGGAAUACCUGAAGCGGAACCACUUAACGUACGCUACGAAAUUAACGCCAAUCAGAUGACAAUAUCAUGGGAUCCACCGGUAAUCGAUCAACGAAAUGGUAAUAUCACAUAUUACCAAGCUAUUUUAACUCCAUUACAACCGGGUGAAGAGAAAAUUAUUCGAAAUGUCACCAACGGUCGUUCGAUAACAUAUGAUGCAUCUAUGCCAAAAACUUAUACUUUUAAGGUUGCGGCAGCAACAAUGAAAGGUAUUGGUCCGUAUUCGCCGGUUUUAUCAAUUGAUUCUGAUCCAGCAAUUGAAAUAAUGGUUAUGCAACAGUGGUUGUUACAUAAAAGUAUGAAACGUAAACGACGACAGACACGAAUGCGUACGAAUGCUGCUGGACGUUUGAAACAGCAACGUGUUCGUAAAUUACGUGUGCAACAUUUACUAAAAGAAUCAUCAUCAUCAUCAUCAGCAGUCCAUAAAGGAUCAUUACUGGACCGAUCGGAUGAUACAUCGAUAGCAUUUAUGCAAAAAAAUUUCAACAAUUCGACACAGGAAGAGAAAUUAAAUGAUGAUGAAGGUGACGACAUGACUGUGUCCAAUGCUGAUUAUUUUAAUGCUAUCAUCCAUGCAAUUAUUCCAGGUCCACUGGACAUUCCAUCACUUUAUCGUACUUAUACAAUGUUACCAUUAACUAAUGAUAGAAGAAAAAAUGAUGAUACAUUCUUAUCAGCAACAAUUAAAACUGAUAAACAAGCACCUAUGAUUAGUAGUACAACAAUUAAUUAUUCAUCCAUUUUUAUUGAUAAAAAUAUUAUCACUAAUACUAAUAUUAAUAAUACUACAAUUCCAAUAACUACAAAUGCAGUAGGAAUUGCUAAAAUUACUGAUAAAUCAUUGAUUAGUGUUAAAUAUACCACAACAAGUUGUACACGGUAUAGUGGUAACUAUUGGGACACAACUGAACCAACAAUGAUCACUACUGAUUGUAAUUCUGAUAACGCUACAAUCUAUCCACCAACUAACGUUCGAGUUCAAGCAACCUCAAAUACAUCAGCUGUAGUGCAAUGGGAUUUGGAUAAUGAUAGGAACGUGGACGGUUUUGUGAUACGGUAUAUACAUGAACCGGUUUCCGGACAGCGAGAUAAUGAACGAUGGAAAACGAUUACGAUUAUGAAUCCGUCUGCUAGACAUUUGCAUAUUUCACAACUUACAGCACAUAAACCAUAUGCAUUUUGUGUUUUGGCUAUUCGGCAAAAUAGACAAGGGACCUGUUCAGAUCCACCAACAACAAUCGAUCGCUUGCAAGCAACACAUAUGGUAACUAACUUAGUGAUAGCUUGGAAGACGAGUAAUUCGGUGAUGCUUCGAUGGGAAUACACCGGUCCACAACCUAUCGGUUUUUAUGUUAAUCAAACAGGUCGAAAGGAUUACUUAGAUCAAAAUUUGCAAUUGAAAGGGAUGAUUUCACCGGGAUUUCGUCAAGAUCUUGAUGGACAUCAACGAGAAUAUUUAUGGACAACAUUACGACCCUAUAUGGAAUACACAUUUCAUGUUGGGGUACGUGAAUUACCGCCAGCUGGAAAGGAAUAUUGGCCACGCGAAGUAAUUGUUCGAACGGAUCCCACGGGACCACCGUUUGUUGAUGUGCCCGAAUUUAUCACUUCAGAUCAUGCUAACACCGCGCUUAUUCGUUUGAAAUGUGCUAGCGAAGAAUAUGGACCAAUUAGUCAUUAUUGGCUUGUUGUUUUACCCGGGAAUUUUACCCAGGAUGAUGUAUUGAAUUUGGAUUCAACAUCACUUCAAAAAAGUACCACAAUGAUGCGUCCAAAUCAAAAUAAAAAUUAUUACGGGAAAGGUAACAAAAAAGUUCGAAAAGUGAACAAAGAUCAAGAUUACAAAAGGCGCUAUAUGCAUGAACCUCUUGCUCUACGAGGUGCAUACAUAGCGGCAGGUAUACCAGUACAUGAAAUGCAACAAAUACAGCGCAAUGAUCAUCUUUUUACGCUUGGUGAUGGACAGAUGUAUGAUGGCUAUGACAAUUGGCCCUUAGAUAGUAAUACCAAAUAUCGUUUAAUGAUGCGUGCAUUUGCUCGUGAUGAUAUAUCGAGAAAUCCUGACUAUCCAUUUGAAUUUCGUGCUCCAAUUCAAGAACCAUUAGCAAAACGUUACUCAGAUUCAAUGCUUAGUGAGCCAUUCUCUACCAAAUUUGCAAUACAUAGACGAGAUGCUAAAACAUCCAAUUUAUGGCUAAUUGCGCCACUUAUCGCAAUUUUAAUUAUUGCAAUUAUUGUUGGAAUGCUUGUCAUUUGGUGGCUUCGUUGUAAUCGUCGAAAUAAUCGACAUAAAACGCCUCGUCAUGGUUCCAUUUCAAAAAUUGCCUUAGCUAGCAAUACAAUUCCAAGCGAAACAUCUAAACUGCUUGUUUCCGGUGAUGUUUAUGGCCGUCAUAUAGUUAAUCCGUAUGAUCAGAUGAAUGGAAAUGGUGGUUGUACGAUGGAUUCUGUUAUGGAUAUGUAUCCAUUGCAUCAAAGUCAUAUAAGUAGCGCAAAUUAUAAUGCCCUACCUGUACCAGUGUCAAUUCUACCGUCAAGUGGUGGCGCUAUUGGUGGUCAUUCUCUUAGUCAUCUAGCAAUUCCUAUCUCUGAACUUUCUGCGCAUAUUGAUAAGCUAAAAAUGAAUAAUAAUGCCUUAUUCUCACAGGAAUAUGAAAGUAUUGAAACAGGUCAACAUUUUACCUGGGAGAAUUCAAGUCGACCAAUAAACAAAAUGAAAAAUCGAUAUGCAAAUGUUGUUGCAUAUGAUCAUUCACGUGUUAUCCUUAGUACUAUUGAUAAUAUUGAGGGUAGUGAUUAUAUUAAUGCUAAUUAUAUUGAUGGUUAUGAAAAGACAAAAGCAUACAUUGCAACACAAGGACCGUUACCGGAAACAUUUGCGGAUUUUUGGCGAAUGGUCUGGGAGGAAAAUACAAUAACAAUUGUGAUGUUGACAAAAUUGGAAGAACGAUCACGAAUAAAAUGUAAUCAGUAUUGGCCCAUUAGAGGAUCAUCUUAUUAUGGUCAUAUUCAGGUGACACUAUUGGAUACUCUAGAGCUAGCACAUUAUACAAUUCGAACAUUUCGUUUACAACAUCGAAAUGGUGGCAAAAUACGAGAAAUACGUCAUUUACAGUAUACUGCAUGGCCGGAUCAUGGUGUUCCUGAUCAUCCGACACCUUUCUUAAUGUUUCUGAAAAGAGUGAAAACUUUAAAUCGUCCAGAUGCUGGUCCAAUUAUAUCACAUUGCAGUGCUGGAAUUGGUCGAACAGGUGCAUUUAUUGUAAUUGAUUGUAUGUUAGAACGAUUACGAUAUGAAAAUACAGUUGAUAUUUAUGGUUGUGUAACAGCAUUGCGAUCACAACGAUCAUAUAUGGUUCAGACUGAUGAUCAGUACAUUUUCAUUCAUGAUGCAGUACUGGAUGCGGUACAAUCCGGUUCAACAGAAGUGCCUGCUAGCAAAUUAUACACCCAUGUACAAGCUUUAAUGCAAAUUCAACCAUUAGAUCAAGUUUCAGCUAUGGAACUUGAAUUUAGGCAUUUGGCAACAAUGAAAAUGUCAAAUUCUCAAUGUACUGUUGCAAAUUUAUCUGUGAAUCGGCCAAAAAAUCGUUUAAUUAAUAUGGUACCAUAUGACUCAUCACGUGUUAUUUUACGUACAAUUCCGGGUGAGGAAGGUUCUGAUUAUAUCAAUGCAUCUUGGAUUGAUGGUUAUAGACAACGUGGCGCAUAUAUUGCAACACAAGGACCAAUGCCUUAUACGGUAAAUGAUUUCUGGCGAAUGAUUUGGGAACAUGAAUCUUCGAUUGUUGUAAUGCUUAUUCGUACGAUGGAAACAUGCCGGGAAAAAUGUUAUGAGUAUUGGCCAUCUGAGUUAGGUGCACAAUUUGGAUAUUUGGUGGUAGAACCAAUUGCUGAAUACAAUAUGUCCCAGUAUGUAUUACGUGAAUUUAGAAUCACUGAUACGGAGUCUGGUCAAACAAAAACACUAAGGCAUUUCCAAUACGUUGAAUGGCCUGACCAUUGUCCACCAAAAUCUGCCGAAUUAUUUAUCGAUUUCAUUCAUCAAGUACAUCGAACCAAAACACAAUUCGGGGUGGAUGGUCCAAUUACGGUUCAUUGCUCAACCGGUGCCGGACGUACCGGAGUUUUCAUCGCGCUUAGUGUAAUUAUUGACCGGAUGAAGUUAGAGCAUGUAAUUGAUGUGUUUACAACAGUGAAAUUACUCCGAACGGAACGACAAAACAUGGUUCAGGAUAAGGAUCAAUAUCACUUUUGUUAUCAGGCUGCUCUUGAAUUCCUAGCCACUUAUGAUAAUCCAUAUCAAAUGUCUUGA